CCCCUUUCUCCUCAUGUUCCAUUCCUAUGAGAAUCCCGCCGCUUGUUUCACCAUUUACCCACAAAGUGGAAAACUGCGAUGUGUGCAAACUGGUUCAUAAUAUCCCAACAGUCGCCGAGGACCAACAACACAAACCGAAACACUAAGUGCGUCUGUGCGCGCGCGUCUCAUCCUAGUAUUAGAAGAAACGCGGUAACGCAAUAGACAACGCGGCGCAACAAAAAACAAAAACACGGGACUACGGAGGAUAUUUCCAAGCGGGAAAGGUGGAAAAAACCAACCCAUAAAGACAGAAGAGCUUGACUUGUGCUGUGGGUGACCGUGUGCCAUGCAACAUGAGUAACGACAGUCACGGAGUUGGAGCGCGUCAGCCCUUCUGGAACUUCAAUGACUCAUCUGUCAGCCAAUCAGAUGACUUGUUCUCCAACAGCUCAUGCAACGUGUCCACCAAUGACUCGACUUCGUGCUCUGCUGUGGAUGAUUUGGAUGGAGUUGGGUUAGGGAGUCCAUAUAAGGCUCUAGAGAUGUUCUUUAUUGCCUUGGUUACAGGAUCUCUGAGCUUUGUAACGGUCACAGGAAAUAUUUUAGUCAUGCUGUCUAUCAAAGUCAACCGCCACCUACAAACUGUCAAUAACUAUUUCUUAUUUUCAUUGGCCUGUGCAGACUUGAUCAUUGGUGUUUUCAGCAUGAAUCUGUACACAGUCUACAUCAUUGUGGGCUACUGGCCUCUUGGGCCGGUGGUCUGCGACUUAUGGUUAGCGUUAGAUUACGUUGUGUCCAAUGCUUCAGUCAUGAAUCUCCUUAUUAUUAGUUUUGAUCGCUAUUUUUGCGUGACCAAGCCCCUAACGUAUCCAACAAGAAGGACGACGAAGAUGGCAGGUUUAAUGAUCGCAGCUGCAUGGAUCCUGUCUUUCAUCCUUUGGGCUCCAGCCAUCUUGUUUUGGCAGUUCAUCGUAGGACAGCGAACAGUUCCACCUGGAGAGUGUUACAUACAGUUCCUGUCUAACCCUGUGGCAACAUUUGGGACAGCCAUAGCAGCAUUUUAUCUUCCAGUCAUUAUCAUGACUGUUCUGUACAUCCACAUCUCCCUGGCCUCCAGGAGCAGAGUCUCGAAACACAAAACAGAAAAGAAAGAAAAGAAGGGCGUAAAAGCUCCCAGUUUAAUGAAGAGUCAUUUGUUAAAGCAGAACAAUAACAACGAAAACAGUCCUCAAGCCAGUCCUCGCUCCAGUCCCAAAUUAAGCCUCGACUCAACCACCACUGCAGUGGACGCUGUGAAGAACGGCAAAGUGGACGAACCCAAACCAGUUCAACCUCAGCAACCAGCUCAGCCCAGUCCAGGACUCACACAGGAGGAAAAAGAGAGCUCCAAUGAUUCAUCCACAGCUUUCAUUCCCCCCUCAGAACCAAAGGAGGCCACCAACAGUCAGGUAACCUCUGAGGCUGCACCAAAUUCCGCACCGGUUACCACAACAGUAACUAAUCCUGCGACGGCCAAGGUGAACCCUGCAUCAAGAUGGUCCAAGAUAAAGAUCGUAACCAAGCAGGCUGGGGAUGAAUGCGUUACAGCAAUAGAGAUCGUCCCACCUGUGGAGGGAGCCGAGAGGCAUUCGAUUCCAAUCAACCGUCCUCGGACUGUGGCAAGAAAGUUCGCUAGUAUUGCCAGAAGUCAAGUGAAGAGGAAAAGACAGAUGGCCGCCAGAGAAAAGAAAGUGACCAAGACUAUCUUUGCCAUCCUACUGGCUUUUAUCAUCACAUGGACACCGUAUAAUGUCAUGGUGUUGAUUUCAACCUUUUGCCAGUCGUGCGUCCCGGACACUGUUUGGGCUAUCGGCUACUGGCUGUGUUACGUCAACUCUACCGUCAACCCAGCUUGUUACGCCCUGUGCAACGCUACCUUCAAAAAGACAUUCAGGAACCUGCUGCUGUGCCAGUACAAGAACAUCGGCACAAGAUGAGAUGGAAGAAGACUGAAGGUGGGAUGGAUUUAGAAGGGUUCAACCACUGAAGUGUGGGUCAACCAGGGCCUUAAGAGGAUGGAACAACAGGGUUUAGGAAUGCAGAGGGACUCUUCCCUUACAGAGAAAAGACAGACACAAUUUGUAAUAUAAAUCAUAAUUUACUUGAGCUCACACUUUCUCCUUAGAAGAAUCAAAUGACAGACUGUAUUUAAAGUUGAUUUAACAGAUAAAUCAAAUAUAAAACUGUGGAACAUGAAUGCGCUGAUAAAGACAAAAGAUUGAAACCAAGGGCAAAGAAGAAAAACAACCGACUAAUGCAGAUAUAUGAAUAAUAUUAGUACAGUUUAUACCAAUGGAAACAUAACUACAGAAUGCCUGGGUAAAAGAGGACGUAGCUCGAUGAAUGAAUGAAUGAAUGAAUGCAUAAAUGGAUGAAUGAAUGAAUCAUUCGAAGUUUUAAAUUGACCUAAUGAUGGCUAAAAGACCAUAACAGCAUGUCCAACAGAAGAUACGAUAGAUAUGAUAUAUGUAGGUAGCCCAAAAGUAGCACUCUAGUUCCAUGUAGUUUAAUAGGGAAGAAAAAAUAUUGAACUUUUUAAGAAGUUAAGGAAUCUUGUCUUCUGGUUGGAUCUUCUUCAGAUGAGAAAAUUAUCACUUCCUUGUGUCCAUUAUGUGGCACCAGAGAAAUCCCAUCAAUUAAUAUAUCAUCUCAUGGUAGAACAGUGGCUCAAAAUGGCAAAAAAAAAAAAAAAAAAGAUUGAUUUGGUGAAA